AGGCCUUAAUUGCAGGCUACGGUUGGAGUUUGAGCUUGGUUACGUAAAGUGCGCUAUGGUCUCUGCGCUCUUUUCUCAGCUCUCUCUCUCUCUCUCUCUCUCUCUCUCUCUGGCUCCGGAGUUCCAUGUAUGAAGGGGUUGGGCUCUCUUUCCGAUCUGUGUGUAUAGACAUGGAGACUUGACCACAAUGUGGGCUGACUGGUGGUGGUGAGAUCGACCCAUGAGAUUCAUCUCUCGUCCCACUGCCCCUGCCGCUGCUGGCUGCUUCACUUACACAAUGGAUAGCUCAAACAGAUUGUCAAACUUAAGAACUUCCCCAUAUCCAAGCAGACCAACGCUGCUCCCUCCUAUAGGUUCCCUCACACAUCCUUUCUGGUCCUAUGCCAAUUCUCACAUUGUAGGAUCAGAAGCUAUUCAAAAGCCUAUGGAGGGACAGAGUCGCCAUCAUCAACGCUCUUCUUCUGAAAAUUUUCUCUUAGAGCAACCAUUUUGGCUUGACGAUCUUCUUAAUGAGCCAGAGACAUUGGUACAAAACAGUCACCGACGUUCAGCAAGUGACUCUUCUGCAUACUUAGGCCCGAUAGCUAAGACAUUUAACACAUAUGGGGAAAACAACUUAAAAAAUCCUAGGGAUGGCAUUUCCUGUCAAGCCACACUAUCAUCAUCUACUCCAGAGGAAUUAGAAGGGUUGCCUUCUACGGCUGUUAAAAAGGGUGAUCAGGAGGAUUCUGGUUCUCAAAACCAAGAAGGUUUGGCUGAAAGAAGUAACAGUCCACAAACUAAGCCUUCCGCGUCCAAGCCAGAAGCAAAACGUGCCAAACAGCAAUCGGCUUACCGGUCAUGCGGCAGGAAACUUCAGUACAUAGUUGAUCUGGAAAGGAAUAUACAAGUUUUACAGGCUGUAGGAUCUAAAGCUUCAUCUGAGCUAGAAUUUCUUGACCAGCAGAAUCUUAUAUUGGGUAUGGAGAACAGAGCACUAAGGCAGAGAUUAGACAGUUUAUCUCAGGUGUAUCUUAUAAAACACUUGGAACAGGAUGUGUUACAGACAGAGAUUGCAAGGCUUCAAACGCUGUACCAGCUUCAGCAGCAGCAGCAGCAAAAGCACCAGCAUUCCAAAAAUUACCGAAAAAAAAGUCCAGACUUUGAUGGUCAUUUUGUUAACCUAUCUAUUAAAAACUCCACAGCUUGAAUGGUGAAGGGUCUUGCUAUGAUCGGUGAUCUUGGUCCAGUGGUGGUUUGGUCAGUGGUUCACCCUUGUUUAAUUUAGAUCUCACUCUCUAUAUUCAUUAUUUGUUAUUUUCUUGAUGAAUUAUACUCAAAAGUCACACAUUGUAUAACAAUAGUCCGCCUCCCUGCCUAGAGUGUUGGGCU